AAACAAAAAUUUCAUAUUUACAAAAACGUUGCCCGAUUUUUGAUCAAAAUGUGCGAUAAUUUAUGUGAUGAUUUGGAGACAUUCAAUCCUGAAGUUGAAUUCCUUAAAUUUAUUAAACGUAAGCCGGUGGUGCAAACGGCUAAACUUUAUGAGAAUCUGCACAAACGCGAGGACAUUAAAUGUCCCUACAACUUCAAGGGGUAUGGUGUGGAGAAGGACACCAACACCAUGUAUCGCACAUGUAACUCGGAAUAUGGUUAUUAUGCGCCCAAUGCCUACACCAUACCGACUCGCUUCUAUCCCCUCUCCCAGCGUUUCUCCAAUGAUGUCGUCCGCUUCGGCAUGUAUCGUAAUUUCUCGCUGAACACGCACAUGGAUCGUACGUUCUACUGAGAUCUGGGACAUAUCUCAAGUGCAGAGUCUCACACUAGAGGGUUUUUAUUCAUUUUUCAUUAGCAUUUCAAAUUAACUGAUAAGCAGAGCAAAUAAAUAUGCUUGACAUCUUUCUGUUUUUA